AGUCAAAGAUGUGGGUUUGCAAAGCGUUUCCGGUGGCGGCUGUUUGGUGGGUAUGCUGUGAGAAAUUGAGCACGCGUGCGCGCCCGCAAACCACUAACCAUUAACGCAGCGGGCCGUGCAUGCGGGGCCAAGGGUCGGUCGUACGUUCUGUUGCUGUGCCAGGAACAAUUCGCAGCCUGAGUCCAGCAGGCUUUUUCAGAAGCGUACCGGUGCAGGCAUGGCCGCGAGCCCGCCCUAGCCUUAGAAGACUGAUUCAGCGCACAUGACCAAGACUUCCGACUUGUGUGGCCACAGACAGUCGGGACUACGUGCACCCUGCAACUGCUGCUCUGCGCGCUCAGUAUCCAGAGGCAGGACCUUCCCCCUUCCGCGCCGUCCCACACCCGUGCGCCUUCUGAGAACAAAGGACACAGGUUCACCCACAUGGCAGCUCACAGUUGACCCUAACCCCAGUGCCAGGGGAUCCGAUGUCCGCUUCUGGGCACCAGCCACUACCCAUUUCAGCUUCUGCCAGACCCUCCUAGAGCACACAGUGUCAGCUGAGAACAUACCCUGCCACCUGCCUCGGACACCAGGCACCAGCCUUACCUGGCAUGACUCCCGUAGCCAGAGGGCAUCCUGCAGCAGGCCAGUCAAGCUCCUUCAACAGCCGGGCUCAGAGACCCCUCAGGCUCGGCUGUAUUCUGAUCACUAUGGCUUGUACCAUACAAGCCCUUCACUGGGUGGUCUGACAAGGCCAGUGGUCUUGUGGAGCCAGCAGGACGUUUGCAAGUGGCUCAAGAAGCAUUGUCCUCACAACUACCUCGUCUAUGUCGAGGCCUUCUCCCAGCAUGCAAUCACUGGCCGAGCCCUGCUUCGACUGAAUGCAGAUAAGCUACAGAGAAUGGGGUUGACCCAAGAGGCCCAGAGGCAGGAGGUGCUGCAGCAGGUGCUCCACCUGCAGGUGCGUGAGGAGGGGCGGAGCCUGCAGCUGCUCAGCCAAGCUUCCUUCGGAAACAUGUCCUAGCUGCUGCCUAGACUUGGACCCCAGACCCCAACACUGUGACCAGAGCCCACAGCCAAGGAUGAGGCAGAGCUGGCCCUACAGCCCCUUUGGAUCCUAGUGGCUAAACCUAGCCCAGUGAACAGGGAGGGGCAGGACUGCCACCUCCAGGUUCCUCUAGAGAGGCACUAUAGGUUUUGCCCUGUGGCUGGGUGGGUGGUCGCUGCUUGCUUGAAGAUCCUUCUUCUGGGAUACAAGCCCAGGCCCACCCCCUGGUGCUGCUGGCAGCAAGCAGGGCAGCUGCCUGGGGUGAGAGUGGGGUUUGAAUGUCCCCAGACUCCCAGGGAGUCUGUUUAUUUAUGCUCCCCCCCAUCUUCUGACUCAUGAGUCCAACCCUUAAGUCUUUUAAUUCUGUGUUUUCCCCAGGCACCUCCAGGUCAGCUACACAGCGGGAUGAGCUUUCUUGGCUCUUUCUGGUGUAUCCCUUCCCUAACCUUCUCAGAGUACAGCAGGUUCAACCUGUUGUCCACAGUGAUGGUCAUCAGCCCAGCUAGGUCUCAUGCUAUGUGCUUCACUCAGUGAUUACGAAACUUCAGCUUACCCUCUCCACUCACGAGAUCUGAAGUUGAAAGGGGUCCAAGAUGCUCAAGCUCCAAAGCCAGUAUGUGGCGCAACACAGACUCCAGUGCUGCGCAGGUGACUCCAUGCACAGCCCACCAGUCCAGGAAUGUUCUCAAUCUUACCUUUGAAGAAGUCUUGCUCUUAAGCAUCUUCCCUAUUCUCUGGCUCUUACAGACCAUCUUGAAGAAAUGUGUGUGUGUGUGUGUGUGUGUGUGUGUGUGUGUGUGUGUGUGUGUACACACCUCUGUGGCUCUCCCAAGAAAAACUGUAUAAUUUUUCCAAGAAAAUUAUGUAGGUCUGUUCUUCUCAUGUGUCACCAGAUACCUGAACAACCCUCCCUUGGGUUUUGGGGGCUGGUGCUGCCAGGAAGGACAGUGAGGAUGCCCCUAGCAGCUCACUUGCACUCUGCCCUCUACUAACUUUCCCAGGGACUCUAAAAUCUCAGGGACAGUUGAGGCUCAAGCCUCCAGUCCCCUCUGUGUGCCAGAAGCUGGCCUCAAUUCAAGGUUGCUCAUUACAGUUAAUUUAGGCCACUGACCUGGCAUCUCCCAUCCUGUAUGACCUCUACCCAUGGAAGGGCCACUUUGUUGUGUCUGCCUGCCUUUAGAGUGCCCCAGUCCUUGUUCCUGCAACCAGAGGGUUCUCUCUGCCUUUCUCUAUCCUCUGUCUUUUCUACCCUAUGCUCCUGUCCUGUCUUCCUUGGUUUUUGGUCACUUUUUUAUACUCUGACCAGAAAAAAAAAAAAAAAUCAGAAAUAAAUCUGGUUCUCAAAAGCCACCAGUGUUGGUGUCUCUGAGGAGCAAAGGGGUGUUUAGGACAAUUCCUAUAGGUAGAACCACUAGAGGGCAGCAGUGUUGCAUUCUGAAGACACUACUUGGUAACUCCAGGACACCAGGGCAAACAAGAUACCAGGGCAAACAAGGUAGAGAUCCUGAGGAUGUUACCCCAGUUGGGACACAAGAGCCCUGACAUACUCAGAACAGCUUGGGUACAUGGAAUGAGGCUCUCUGGAGCUGCUCUAACAAUGGAUUCCUUUGGUUCAUGGUCUGAGAAUGUAGCUUAAUGAUAUUAAACAUGGUUUGUGGCCCAGAGCUAGGUUUGAUCCUCAGCACAGAGACAGAAACAGAGGUCCUCUAAAAGUAGAGAAGAAUCCUUGCCUAUUUUACUUGCUAGUGGCCAGUGUAUUCCUGGGCUCAAGGCUACAUCAUUAAUCUAUUUCUGUGAUCAUUCUCUUCUGGCUCUUAAAUACCUCCUUUAUAUUUAGAGUCCACUUGGGUGAUCCAGAUAGAUCUCAAGAACUUCAGUCAUAUCUACAAAGACCCUUUUUUCAAAAUAAAAUAUCACUACAGGUUCAGGAAUUUAUCUGUUGGGGCUCACUUUUCAGCCAGGUCCUGGCAUACAUAGCUCAAUAGAUACAAAGAUAUACAACACAUAUGCACAGAUAUAAUUACCCAAGCACAUAAAUACUAAUGCACAAUCCGCCACCACUAACAAAUACACAAGACAUACCACAUGGUACACAUAAGCACACUGCAUUGCAAAAUGACAACACCUAGAUACACACAAAAGGCAGCUGCAGGGAGGUGGGACUAGAGAGGUGACACAGUGGUUAAGAGCACUUGCUGCUUUUGUAGAGCUGAGUUCCCAAGACCCACCUCAGGCAGCUCACAACUGCUGUAACUCCAGCAGUAUCUGAUGCCCUC